GGUAAAUGAACAUCAUUCUAACUUACUUCAGUUGUUCUAGAAAGUAAGAAAACACUUUCGCAAGUAUAGUACACAAUCAUACAGUACAUGUAAUUGUAGAAAUAUCGUGUUCAGUUGACCUUUAAAUAUUUAUAAGUAACAUGAAGGACAAUAGAAAUGACAGAGAUAGUGAAGUGGCUUAUUCACAGGUGAACAUGGACGCUAACGGCAAGAAGCUGACAGGUUCUAAGUUUAGAUGGGCCUUAUUUACAACCAUCGUCAUUUUUCUAAGCAGAAUAUGCAUGGGCAUAUACUACGAGUUGUCGGGUCCCACGCUGCCCGACUUAAAGGAUCGUCUUGGAGUAAAUUACGAGGAAAUCUCGAGAAUCCUAGUGUGGCAAAACGCAGCGUUCCUCGUCAGUGCGUUGGUUGGUGGAUUUCUUAGUGAUGUCUUCAAACCGUAUAUUGCGAUCAUCAUCUUUAUAUCUCAAGUUGUCGCCUUGUCCGGUGUGGCAGGGGCGCCCUGGUGCACUACUCUCGUCACACUUGGCAUUUGCUAUUUCCUUACCGGGUUUGGUUGCGGAACUUUGGGAACUGGUGGCAACGCCUGGAUUGUAUGGCUGUGGGGCUCUGACGCUACCGCCCCGUGCUAUGCCUUCCAUUUUGGUUUUGGUAUUGGAGCCACUAUCUCCCCACAACUGGCGAAGCCGUUUCUAUCCAAAACCAUUACAACCAAAACGGAGCCACUGAACGGCACUGAUAUGGUGACUAGCAUGUAUCCCAACGCAACGGAGGGAUAUUUGAACAAUACGAUCACAACCCAAACAACGUCCCUUAUAGAGUACCCGUAUACUAUUGGUGCAAUAGCCACCAUGGUUGUAGCUUUACUCUACCUGGUCCUCCUAUACCAUGACACAAAGGAACAUAAAUUAGAAGAAGAGAAGAAAAGAACCAAAGCGAGAGAAAUGGAUGAUAUGCGACGUAAAGGAGAAGUUGUGGAAGUUAAUGAUGAAGUUGAACCGCAUAAAUUAAGCUGCGCGUCUAUCUGUAAAGUCCUUUCUCCCCAUAGUUGCACACCUGGCGAACCCAUCUUUGGUGGCUUUAUGAUUGCUCUAAUUCUCACAUUCCAUACUCUUGUGGUUGCCGGUGAACGUUCAUGGGGGAAAUUCCUGUUUACAUACGCCGUUGAGAAUAAGAAACUGAAUAUGAACAAGGACGACGCAAGCAACUUGCAAUCAGCGUUCUGGUUCUGCUUUCUAGCGGGCCGGGGUCUUCCUACCCUUGUUGGAAAGUGGAUCCCUCCAAAUCUCUACGUCACUACCGUCCUCAUUUUAUACCUCACAAACGCCGUUGUGUUAGCAAUAUUCGGAGGUGCUAGUUCAACGGUAUUGUGGAUCUGCAGCUGCAUAUUCGGUUUCCUCGUCGCUCCUAUAUUCCCAGGCGGCAUAACGGUAUAUAACCAAUACAUCGAUAUACAGGCGAUGAUAUUUGCGCUCUCUGAAGGUGGGGCCGGUUUGGGUGGUAUGUUCUGGCAGUGGAUGUCCGGUUUCCUGAUCAAUAGAUAUGGCCCGGAAUCUUUGCUCUACCAUAAUGUUGUCUACAUCUGUCUUCUUAUUGUCGUUUAUUGUAUAAUCCAAGUGAUUGGUAUUCGCCGUAAGCGACUAAUGAAGUCCUAUGGGAUUUCCAAUGAGAAAGAAGAAAUGUAGUAUACCAAUGGGAGCCAGGUCUCAUAUAGAUGGCAGUUCACUCAUUUUCUCUAAUGGGCUGUCAUUCACAGCCCAGUCCCAUUGGUCUGUAUGUAAAU